GUUUACUACAACUCUUGAUAAACUCAAGGCGGAAACUAGCAAACUCUUACAGUCAUUAAAAGCUAAGCUAGGAUCGUCCUUAUAAAUUAGGUUAUAUCCAAAGAGUUGUAACCCAUGCAGAUUUUAUGGACUACCAAAGAUCCACAAGAAUAAUACUCCACUAAGACCAGUGGUAGACUAUGCAAAUUCACCGACUUACAAUCUAGCUAAAUAUUUGGCUAAGAUUCUCAAAUCAUAUGAAAAACGGAUUAAUCAUGGAAUUAAAAACUCUAUGGAAUUCAAGAAUUUAAUUGAUACAAUCGAUAUAGAGGAAGACGAAAUAAUGGUAAGUUUUGAUGUAUCUUCCUUAUUCACUAAUGUACCUAUCAGUCGAGCUAUGGAUAUUAUCAAUGAUUGUUUAGAAUCUGAUUUAGAUUUGAAUUUACGAUGCCCAUUAGAUCCAUCAGAGGUUAUAAAAUGCUUGGAAUUAUGUUUAAGAUCUACCUUAUUCAUAUAUCGAGGUCAACUUUACAGACAGAAAGAGGGUAUAGCAAUGGGCUCACCAGUUUAUCCGAUUGUAGCGAAUUUAUUCAUGCAUCCCCCUAGAAACUAGUGCAGUCUCUCACACAUACAUACAUACCUACACACUCACACACAUACGAUUUGUUACUCAGUUAAGUAUUUCCAUGUAGUUGAUUUCUCCACAUGAUUUCUAGUUAAAUGACUCAUUUUAUCCUAUUUUAAAAAAAAAUCAACAUCCAAAUAUGAUUGGUUUGACACAGUAUAAUCUUGAUUGUUAAAAAGCUAUAUAUUUCUUUGAUA